AUUGGCGGCUUGAAAAGGCGGUGCCGACUGAGGCUGCGGUGGGCGGGCUGAGGAGUGGGUCCUCGACUGGUGCGCUUCCGGGUUAAUGACGUCACGCUCCUUCGCGGGAGAAAUUCGAAAGUGGAUUUUGUGCAUUGGGACAGGUGGUACAAACAGUUGAAUAACCAUUUAUUGUUUUCUGGACCUGACUGGUAUUUAACUUCAAAAGAAACAAUGGAAAGCCAAGAAUUUAUUGUCCUAUAUACUCAUCAAAAGAUGAAGAAGUCAAAAGUGUGGCAAGAUGGAAUUUUGAAGCUCACUCACUUAGGAAACAAAGCAAUUUUAUAUGAUGACAAAGGAGCAUGUUUGGAGAGUCUGUUUCUUAAGAGUCUUGAGGUGAAACCUGGAGAUGACUUAGAAAGUGAUCGAUACUUAAUCACAAUUGAAGAGGCUAAAGUUGCAGGAUCCAUAGCUAUUAAACAGGAUGUCAUUAAAGAAGCACCAGAGUUAAAUUCAAGGACAAUUAUAUCCACUGGCCGGUCUCUUGGAUGUCAACCUGCUGGCUUAAAAAGGAAGUUUACUGGUUUUCAAGGACCACGUCAGAUUCCAAAGAAAUUGGUUAUUACGGAAAAUGGUGACUCAGAUGCAUCAUUUGAGGCUAAGAAACCUGGCCCUACCUUUUUUCCUCCAUUCUCUAGGACAUCUCCUCUGUUUUCUACUGUUGGCGAGAAAGAUAUAAAUAAUAUGCCAACAGACUCUGAGAACAUUGUGACUUACAAGAACAGGGAGAGAAAUGCCAUGCCUUUUUCUUCAGUUGUUUCUACUCCAUCCUUCAAGAAUAACCCAGAAAUGCUAUGUGAAGGAAAUUAUUUUUGCACUCCUAUCAAUUCCGGAAGUGAGAAUUCAGACUCUUUGCUGACCAGUGAGUCUGUGAAAAGAGGUACUCUAGCAUCUCACUAUUCAGGAAUUUCACAAAACAUCAGAAGCAAAGCACAGAUAUUAGCUCUUCUGAAGUCCCAAUCAACUAAUACAUGUAAGGAGCUAAAUUCUGAGAUUACAGAACAUUUUCCUCAAAUACAACCACAAGGAAGUUUAAAACUUUCUACUCAUCCAAAAUGCCUAAUUCAACAGGAAGAAUGUGGUGAGGUGAAGAGCACAGAAAAUGUACACUACCAGCCUCAACCAGAGAAUACCAUAAGAAAUAAAAGCCGAUGGGCCGCGUAUUUAUCCUCACCAAGUUCACCUAUACAUUCCAUUAUAGAUGGCAAUGAUGUAGAAAGGAAACCUAAGACCCAGGAAGAGUAUAUAAAUUUGAAUUUAAAAGACCUUUUGGUUCAAAAAAGAAUACAGAGCUUUGAAACAUUUGCUGAAAAGGAGAAAAAGUAUAAUAUAGACAAGCCAGUUGAUAAUAAUGAUCAAUCCUGGAAUCAGGAAGUAGAGUUAGAAAUUCCUUCAAUUUAUGAAAGCAACAGCUUACAGGUUGCCAGUAGCAAUAAAGAAAAUGAUGGUUUAUUAUUAGAAUCUGACAUUCAAGAACAUAAUAAAAUACCUUAUAAUCAAAAGGACAAGGUUUGCAUUAAAGGAUCAGUUCUAAUUAGGGAAAACGAUCAGGAAGUGAAUACAUGUGGAACAUCAGAAAAAGAUUAUAAACAACUGGUGUCGUUACUGCCAGAAUCAGAACAUUUUCAGAUGAUUGAAUCUUCUCAAAGUAACAAUUCUAGGAUCUCUGAUGACAUCACAGACAUGUUUUCUAAAAGUAAUACUGAUAAUGAAAGUCUUAAUAGUAUUCAUGAAUCUCAAUGUAAUGUAACACCAUUUUUGGAGGUAACUUUUAAUCUGAGCAAUUUUGAGACCAGUGAUGCUGAGGAGGAAUCACAGGGAAGCAACAAAAUUUUCCAGAAUUCAGAGAGUUGGGUAAAGGACCUUUUGGUCAAUGAUGGCAAUUCAUGUGUUCAGAAGAGGUGUGAGAAUAUAAACGGUCAAGAAAUUGGCAGUGGAUGUUUGCCACUCUUAACAUCUAUUGGUGGUAAACCAACAGAGACAUUUCCUAUUAAAGAGACUCUGCCGUCACAGUUUUGUGAUCAAACUUAUGUGGGUUUUAACAUGGAAUCUUGUAAAGCUGAAAACACUGGAAAAGAAAUAGAGGAGGAGUGUAGUGACACAUUAAGCAUUUUUGACUCAUCUUUAGCGUGGACUAGUGAGGAAUACAUAGAUAAUAAAGAAGAUGCUAAUAAAUCUAACCAACAAGACGGAAUUAACUAUGAUCUUGCUUUACUCUUGAGUAAAUCUAAAGGUAUAAACACGAAUUUACAUAUUACUCAUAUUCAUAAUCAGACUCCUGAAAACAAUAACCUAUUUUCAGAAGAUGUUCAACAUCAGUCUUUUAUUUUGGAAAGUGACUUAGGCAGAGAUGAUGAACAUGUUUUACCAUUAGCCUCUAGCAGUGUCAACAGUAUCCAACUAUUAAAUACCAAUCAAAAUUACUCUGAGUGUAUUGCACUUGAUCAAUCAAAUGCCCAAAUUUCCAAUUCCUUGUUUUAUUCCCUAGGGAAAAAGCCUCUUAUCUCUAAGGGCACAGAAGCAUAUAUACCAGAAUCUGAGGAUUUGAGAAGGAUUAGAGGUUUACCCCCUGACCAUAUUGAAGUUGAAAUUGCCAGAAAAGGCAAACAAUCCAGGAAUAAUCCUAGAAAUUCUCCAGAACUUUCUGGAUUAGUAAAUAACAUUUCCCUUUUAAAGUCACUGUCUGAACAUAGUACGGCUUUAGACAGCUUGGAAACAUUGAAAAAGAAAAAUACCGUCUUUCAACAAGGAACUCAACAGAAAUAUGAGCCGGAUAGCAGUCUUGAAGCUAGGAAAAUAUUUACUAGUACAGUAGUUUCACAAGCUAUACCGAAGUCUCAUCUGAACCAGGAUUUUCAACAGAUGCUAAAAGAAAAUGAAGUUGAAUCAAGUGAACCACUUCAGUCUUUGCAGUUCUUUUCCUUGGGAAGUAAAGAAGAGACUGCUUUUCUAGCUGUUAUUCCUAAACAAAUAGAGGGACAAACCUGUGACCCUAAGCUUGUUGAGUUUCAAGGGCAUCAGGUCAAAGGAUCAGCUACUAGUGAUGUAAUGGUCAGAGGAUACAGCUUACAGCUAGGAUACAGUCAGUUUCCAGAUGGCACUGAGCAUGAGGACUUCAUGACAGACACUUGUUUGACAACAGAGUUGCCUAGCCCUUGUGUGCAGAGUGACUUCUUGCAGGUGACAUCAGAAGAACAAAAGAUCUCUACAAUGAACCCUGUUUCUACUUUGACCUCAAGAGAAAAAGACUUUGUGCUAGAAUUCUCUGAGGAGUCCCUGAAAGCAAGAACUUUAUCUGGUGAUCUUAAUUUUCUUAAUCUUUCAGGAAUAAAAAAAUCCAAUUCUCUGGAGAAUAAGAACCUUCAAAAUCUUUCAUUAGUAAGUAGAACCCAAGUUCCACUUAAUACUUUGCCACCUACUUAUGGACCACCUGAUUUAGGUUCUUGUUCAUAUGUGAUCAACUGUAACACACAAGAGUCUUCUGGUUUCCCCACGUUCAACUUGUGUGAGGAGUCACCAGUUCUUUCUUUCAGCUUUGGGCCUGAGGACCAAAGUGAAAUUUCUUUCCGUGAAGACUCUAGGGAAGUGAUUUCAGGGAAUGUUUCAUUUCUUGAUAAUAUACCUACUCAAAGCAAGUGGCUAAAAUAUCAAAACACAUCCCAGUGCAACUUGACUACUCGAAACAGAGUUGAUAAGAGAAUAGCUGAAGGCUUUGCUGAGGCUGUUUCUGGGAUGCAUCUCAGGGACAUGGUUGAAAGCCUGGGUGAUGCUAUCAGUGAAAGCUCUUUAGACUCUGCACAUUUGCAAAUGAUAAAAGGAAUGCUCUAUCAACAGCAGAAGGAUUUUAGCAGUCAAGAUUUGGUUUCCAGAAAGAAAGCACUUUCUCUGAAUUUAAAGCAGACUUCCAAGACUGAGGAAAUUCAAAAUGUGUUAGGAGGGUCUGCCUGCUACAACUACAGUGUAAAGAUUUUACAGGAGAUAAAUAACUCUGAGCUAUGCUUCCCAAAUGGGCAGAAAAUAAAAUCUGCUUAUCUUCCCCAAAGGCAGAUUUACAUACCAGCUGUUUUUCAGUCUCCUGCUCAUUAUAAGCAGACUUUUACAUCUUGUCUCAUAGAACAUCUAAAUAUAUUGCUGUUUGAGUUGGCACAUAGGUUGCACAAAGCUCUUUCAAAAGUUGACAUAUCAUUUUACACAUCACUGAAAGGAGAGAAACUGAAAAACGAAGAAAACAAUGUGCCAUCCUGUCAUCAUAAUCAACCUGCAAAACUUGUCAUGGUUAAAAAGGAAGGUCCAAAUAAGGGUCGUCUCUUUUAUACAUGUGAUGCACCCAAAGCCGAUCAAUGUAAGUUUUUUAAAUGGCUUGAGGAUGUGACUUCAGGAUAUUUAACACAAGAGGACUCUCAACAUGGCAUAGUUUUAAGUGAUAUUAAGAGCAUUGGCUUGUACUUAAGAAGUCAAAAGAUACCACUCUAUGAGGAAUGCCAGCUUUUGAUGAGAAAAGGAUUUGAUUUUCAGAGAAAACGGUAUGGAAAACUAAAGAAGUUUAGCACUGUAAACCCUGAGUUUUAUAAUGAACCGAAAACUAAACUUUAUCUUAAGCUGAGUCGGAAGGAAAGUUCUUCAAUUUAUAGCAAAAAUGAUCUUUGGGUGGUUUCAAAGACCCUAGACUUUGAACUGGAUACUUUUAUUGCAUGUAGUGCUUUCUUUGGACCAUCGUCUGUCAAUGAGGUGGAACUACUGCCUUUGAAAGGCUACUUCCCUUCCAGGUGGUACACUAGCACUAUUGUCCAUGCAUUAUUGGUUUGUAAUGCUAGCUCAGAGCUGACUACUUUGAAAAACAUUCAGGACUACUUUAAUCCAGCUACUCUACCUCUAACACAGUACCUGUUAACAAUGUCUUCACCAACUACAGCUAGCAACAAGAGAGUCAAUAAGAGAAAUUUUAUCCCACCAGCCUUCACACAUAUCAACCCAAAAUUUGAACUUCUCAGCCUAGGAGCAACAAUGAAAUUAGCUAGUGAGUUAAUUCAGGCACACAAGUUAAACAAGGAUCAAGCUACAGCUCUAAUACAAAUAGCGCAAAUGAUGGCAUCACCUGAAAGUGCUGAAGAAGUGAAGGAACUGCGAACUCACACCCUCCCUAUUACAAUCAUACAUGGUGUUUUUGGAGCAGGAAAGAGUUAUUUGCUGGCAGUGGUGAUUUUGUUCUUUGUACAGCUAUUUGAAAAGAGUGACGCUCCUGCAGUUGGAAUUGCAAGGCCAUGGAAACUUCUGAUUUCUUCUUCCACUAAUGUAGCCGUAGACAGAGUACUUCUUGGGCUUCUCAGUCUUGGAUUUGAAAAGUUUAUCAGAGUUGGGAGUAUUAGGAAGAUUGCCAAGCCAAUUUUACCUUACAGCUUGCAUGCUGGCUCAGAAAAUGAAAAUGAACAAUUAAAAGAACUACAUGCACUCAUGAAAGAAGACCUGACUCCUGUGGAAAGAGUCUAUGUGAGAAAAAGUAUUGAGCAGCAUAAACUGGGGACCAAUAGAACCUUGCUAAAGCAGGUAAGAAUGGUUGGAGUUACCUGUGCAGCCUGCCCGUUCCCAUGCAUGAAUGAUCUUAAGUUUCCUGUGGUUGUGCUGGAUGAGUGCAGUCAAAUGACUGAACCGGCCUCCCUUCUUCCCAUUGCAAGGUUUGACUGUGAAAAGCUGAUUCUUGUCGGGGACCCCAAACAGCUGCCUCCUACUAUUCAGGGUUCUGAAGCAGCUCAUGAAAAUGGGUUGGAACAAACACUUUUUGAUCGGCUUUGCUUAAUGGGUCACAAGCCAAUUAUGUUGAGAACUCAAUAUCGUUGCCAUCCUGCCAUCAGUGCUAUGGUUAAUGAUCUGUUUUAUGAAGGAAACCUCAUGAAUGGUGUUUCGGAAAUGGAGAGGAGCCCUUUAUUGCAAUGGCUGCCAACCCUGUGUUUUUAUAAUGUGAAAGGAGUGGAACAGAUUGAAAGAGAUAACAGCUUUCAUAAUGUGGCAGAAGCUGCUUUUACACUCAAGCUGAUUCAAUCACUGAUUGCAAGUGGAAUAGCAGGCUCUGUGAUUGGGGUGAUAACAUUAUACAAAUCCCAGAUGCACAAGCUUUGUCAUUUACUUAGCACUGUGAACUUUGACCAUCCUGAUAUUAAAAUGGUGCAGGUGUCCACAGUGGAUGCUUUUCAGGGUGCUGAAAAGGAGAUCAUUAUUCUGUCCUGUGUAAGGACAAGACAAGUAGGAUUCAUUGAUUCGGAAAAAAGAAUGAAUGUUGCAUUGACCAGAGGAAAGAGGCAUUUGUUGAUUGUGGGAAAUUUGACCUGUUUAAGGAAAAAUCGACUAUGGGGGCAUGUGAUCCAACACUGUGAAGGAAGAGAAGAUGGAUUGCAACAUGCAAGCCAGUGUGAACCACAGCUGGACCAUCUCCUUAAAGAUUAUUUUGAAAAACAAGCAGAAGAAAAGCAGAAGAAAAUGAGUCAAAAAGAGAAAUCUAAAGAUAAACCUCAUUCACAAAAAGACAUGGUGUAGAUGUUUUGUAUUUGUGUAACUUCAGAUUCAUUUUACACUGUAUAUUUUUAUAUUUAUUACUCUAAAAAUACUUUAUAAUACUUAAGGAACAUA